AUGGGUUCAGAGUUUCUUGCCGCGCGCGCUCUUGACAGCUUGUUAGAGGAGGAGGAAGCUCCAGCCGGCCCUGCUGCUGGCGGCUCGGACGGGGCCACUGGGGUGCUGGGGGCGCUGCUCGGGAGUGCUCCUGGGGUGAUAGUGGGAAGUGCUCCUGGGGCACUGGUCGGGGGUGCUCCCGGGGUGCUGAGAACUGCGCUUCUAAAGAGUUUCAAGCAGGUCUCCACCCUCCAGGUGUCGGCCCCUCAGGUGUGCCUUGCCGCCAGGCGCGGGCUGCGCGCCCUCGUGGCCCGUCCCGGCGCGCGAGGCACUGGCACAGGCGUCGCGAGUUUCAAUCACGGGCUUCGGAGGGAUUCCGGAGCACGUUCAAGCACUUGCAGCUGCUGGAGAAGAUUCAAGUCCAAGAGCCGCCCGCGACCAGGCGGCUGGUCUUCCUCCGGGGGUGCCGGCGGGGAUGUGGGGCGGCGGAGCGGGGCGCCCCGGGCCGAGGAGGAGCCUGGGGAGGCAGCCGGUGAGUGGCACCUGCCCAGCCAGGUGGCCGGGUCCCCCACACCCUGCCCGGGACGCAGGAGAGCGCACGGGCCUGGGCGUUCCAAGAGCGUCGCGGACCAGAGCGGGCACCCGGGGCACCCUGAAGAGCCCUUGGGGCUCCAGUCACUCAUUGCCAAGGCAUCCCGCGGUAAAGGGGUGCGGGACAUAGAAGAUUAUCUUCAGCAGCGAGCGGGCCACUUGCCUCAGAAGUACAGCCAUCGUCUGCUGCCGGACCUCGACAGAGGGAUAAACCAGGAACUGGACGGCAAUAGAUUCCAGAAUGUUUCGGUGCUGCUGAGGUGUGUGCAGAUAUUCUUUGAGGAUGAUCUGGAAGAAGAGGAGCCCUUGCUGAUUCAGCAGGGUCUGAUCCAGAAGAUAAUUUCCUGGUUUGAAAGAAUGAUGGACUUUCUGACCACAAGAGGCCUCGCCUCAGACCCACUGCUGACCAGCGCCAUAGAGGACUUGUUGGAUUCUGUGCUGAUCAUUUCCAGGAGAAGCAGUGAAGGCACCAUUCAGAUGUUGGAUUCCUUGAUAUUUAGCUUGGGAUUUGUGGUGACAGAAGACACUGUGAGCCACCUGAUACGACAGGAGGCUCUGAGUACUUUGAACUGCAUUUUGGAUGUCACGCCCUGGGAUGAGAGGAAAAAGCUGUCUUUGGCAGAAGGUACCCAGCGCCUUAUGAAAGAAUUUGCAAGGACAAUUUUGACUGUGGGUGAUUACAACCAGCAGACGGCUACCUCUGAGGCAUUGUGCAGAAUGACAACAAGAACGACGAAGGAUGAACUCGUUCAUCAGUGGUUUGAGGAUGAGGUCCUUGCGGAGGCUUUUAAAAAAAUUAAGAAUCGGGAAUUUGAGACGGACUGUCGGCAAUUUCUCAACCUCCUGAACAACAGACUUGGUGAGCAAAGAAGGGUCUACUCACUUCCCUGCGUUGCUGCAUUCGCUGAUGCGCACGAGAUGAGAAAACCAGCAGAUGAAAAAUUAGAGGAAUUUUGGAUUGAUUUCAACCUAGGAAGCUGCAGUAUAACGUUUUAUAUAGACAAUGCUGAGACUGAUCUAUGGGAACCAGUAAAACUCUGGAAGGGAGCAGUGGUUAAUUUCAGCAUAACAGAAAGCGAGCGGCUGAAGAUGCUCAGCGUUUACCUGGAGCGGCCCAUUGCCAUCAGCAAGAGAGAAGUGCGGAGAGUGGAAUUCCACUUUGACUUGAGCCUCAACGUGUUACUGCCUUCCAUUGGCGCUUUAGGAGGAGACAAGCAGGUGGCAUUUCUCAUUCCUUUCGAAAAGGCGGGAGAAUCCACCACCAUCGUGGCAGCAGGGCUCGUUGGCGCCGAAGAUGACCGCUGCCUCAUAACCCUCCGCUUAAACGACCUCUGUGAGCCUCCUUUUAAUUCUGGGAAGCACUUCUUCUCUGAGAGUGAUCAAGAUUCAAGUUCCAGUACCAGUGAUCAAUCUUGGAUGACUACCCAUAAAAGGAAAUCUCUAAAGUCAUAUUCCAGGAGGAGAAAGUUAAGAGUCAACUCGCUCAAAAUCUUGCCACUGUCCCCUGUCAGUAGCUUCAGUCCCAAGAAAGACCAAGCUGAGUUUCUGACACCAGCAUGGAAAGUCAUCUCCAGGCAAAACACUACAUCAGCGGCAACAUUUUCUGAAACAAAUGUAGAAGGUAAUAUUGUGACCCAAGAGCCAUCAAUGGACAGUAGUGCCCGACAUAAGCUGCAAAACCUGGGAGACCAAGAGAUGCCAGAUGGGAAUUUUGCUGCCCCAAAGCAGUCGAGGUCAGAAGAGGACACUUCAGGAUUCCCAGUCUUGGCAGACAUUUCUGCUGCACCUUUCGAGGACACAACUGAGAACUUUUGUGGCUCUGCUUUAGCCACAGCCUUCGAGAACUUCACAAAGGAGCUGAAGAGAAAAUACCAGGUAACAAUCCGCUAAGAUGAUCACGCCCGCCAGAGCCCAUCUCAUUCAGAAAAAGCAAAGAAAGCACCUGAUUGCCUAAUAAAACUUUGGGACCAGAUACACCUGUGCAGACUGAACAAACUAGAGAAGUUUCACACGUCUGUCCUUCAAGAAUGGAGGAGCCUUGAGGCUGAUAUGCAGACUCUCAGACACCUUGAGGAGAAUGCGUGGGGGAAGGUCCAGCAGUCCCUGGAUGUAAAGCGGGCAGUGUGGGCAGGCAGCACAAAGAGGCUUCCAGGCUUUAGCAUCCUGGACUUCCAGGCUUGA